AUUUCGCAUAUUGUGGGCCUAUAUACUUUUGUAUAUUAAUUAACUAUCCCUUAAUUAAGAUUUAAUAUGGCAAUUUCCACUAAUUAAUUCGUUUACUUGUGUUUGUACCAUCUUUUCACAUUUUUCUGUAAUAUUUUUAAUAUUUUUUGGUUUAAUUUUUGUUUUUUGGUAGAUUUGUUACAUUAAUAAUACUUUCUGUACUUUCAGUGAAGUUUUAACAUUUGAUAUUGAGGGAAUAUGCUUGAGCUUUGGAAUGACUUGGAACCCUGGAGUAAAACCUACUACAAGGGGGAUGACUAUGGAGAUACAGGGAUUUUUGUCCUUGAUUUGUGCUUGAAGGAAUGCCCUGGACUGGUUAAUGUGAUGAAAAAUCACGCCCAUUUGAAGCCGUUCAAGGGAGUUCAAAUUUCAGGUUGUCUUCACAUGACGAAGGAAACAAUGACAUUUGCACGUACUCUGGUAGAACUAGGAGCAGUGGUGAGAUGGUGUUCUUCAAACCCAAACUCCUCUAAUAAUCAAGCCAUUUUUACUGCAGACAGAAUGUUCAAAGGCAAAGUUACUCUUUUCGGUUACAAAGGUGAGACCAUUGAAGAGUAUUUUUGGUGUAUGUAUCAAUCACUAAAUUGGCCAGACACCUCAAUGCCAUUGUUAUUGGUGGAUGAUGGAUGUUGUUCAUAUAACAUGAUUCAUUAUGGGAAAAGGUUGGAGGAUAUGUAUAGAGAGAAGGGCCAAUUGUACGACCUUUCAGUUUUGGAACCAAGUGAUAAUGAUACCAGGGCACUGCUGAACUUUUUGAACCAUUUGGUCACUAAAAAGCCAGAUUUCUUCACUAAUUUAGUAAAAAGAACUGUGGGAUUGUCGGAAGAGACAACGAGUGGCCUAACUGAGAUGAGAAAACUGUACAAAAGCCACGGGUUACUGUUUCCAAUAUACUCAACAAAUGAUGUAGUUUGCAAGACUAAAUUUGAUAAUAACUACGGGGCAAGAUAUAGCUCAAUUGACGGAAUGCACAGAGGAGUUGAAGGAGUGCUUUUGGGAGGCCGUCAAGUGGUAGUGGUAGGGUACGGAAACACAGGAAAGGGGGUUUGCAUGGGAUUCAGAGGUGCAGGAGCCAUAGUAAAGGUGUGUGAAGCUGACCCAAUCUGUGCUCUCCAAUGUGUUAUGGACGGUUACCAGGUGGUCCUUCUGGAAGAUGUGGUUGAAACAGCAGAUAUAUUUGUUACAGCAACUGGAUGUAUUGAGGUUAUAAGACUUCACCAUGUUAGGAGAAUGAAAGAUGGAGCUAUUUUGGGCAAUAUUGGACAAGGAGAUAGGGAAAUAUUAAUCCAUGAAAUACUUAAGGACCCACACUUGGAGAUUACUGAAGUUAGGAAAAACGUACACCACUAUAAGUUUAAGGACCUUAACAAGGGAGUAAUUAUCCUUUCCUACGGAAGAUUGUAUAACUUGGGUUGCGCUAAUGGCCACCCCUCGCUAGUCAUGUCAAUGUCCUUUACCACACAGUUUUUCGCUCUUUCCCAGCUUUUGGAAAAUAAGGAUACAUUCGAUAAUAAAAUACACAAAAUGCCUAAAAAACUGGAUGAAAUGGUAGCAAGGUAUCAUUUGGAAGCCAUUGGCGCUAAACUUACAGUCCUAACAGACAGACAAUGUGAAUUUCUAGGAAUUGAUAAAGACGGUCCAUACAAACAUGAAGAUUAUAAGUACUAA